GCGCCGCCGACAACUAACGACCAGCACGCAACGUCUAUCUUCUCCCGAUCUCCUCGAGGUAGGUCACGAAUGACAUGUAUUCAGUGCGAGUGCCCUUCAGGUAGCCAGGUGGAAGCAAUCGUCGCGGACUCUGGCGCGGAGCCAGCGUCGCGUGACGAUACGUUCCCUCCUACGCGACAGAGCUGAAGAACCCUUUUGGUCUCGCUACCUGGGGGCACUCUUUGCGCUCUUGGCUUCUGAAGGCUGACUUUUGUUUUCGCUGUACAGAUACCUCAAUUGCACCGCGCCAUCUGAGAAUCUCCUUUUACAACCGCAAAAAUGGUCAAGACUAGCGUGCUCAACGAUGCGCUCAACGCCAUCAACAACGCCGAGAAGCAGGGCAAGCGCCAGGUUCUCAUCAGGCCUUCCUCCAAGGUCAUCGUCAAGUUCUUGACCGUCAUGCAGAAGCACGGCUACAUUGGCGAGUUCGAGGAGGUUGAUGACCACCGCAACGGCAAGAUCGUCGUCCAGCUUAACGGCCGUCUUAACAAGACCGGUGUCAUCUCCCCCCGCUACAACGUCCAGCUCCGUGACCUUGAGAAGUGGGUCGUCAAGCUCCUUCCCUCCCGUCAGUUCGGCUGCAUCGUCCUCACCACCUCCGCUGGCAUCAUGGACCACGAGGAGGCCAGGAGGAAGCACGUCGCCGGCAAGAUCCUUGGUUUCUUCUACUAGAAGGUCUAUGCGCGUCGGUGUUGAGGAUAUCCGGGGUUCAAAAGUUAGAUAUGGAACGGCGGGCCGUAUCGCAAUUGCUGUCGGGUUGCACCAAGGGCGCUACGGAUAGCAUUGGCAAUACCACCAAUAUUCAAGUCGCCUUGGAAACUUCUUCUCAUAUGGAUCAAUUGUAAAGCGUGCCUGUGAUCGUCGCGUUCAUCUCAACAAAAGGGCAAUAGGAGCC